AUGGCAACGGCUCAGCUUCCAGCAGCAGGUAGCGUCCCUAGUGGACUGCCUUCAAGUGAAGAAGUACAGGAGUAUGAAAAGAUUCUGAGAAUCAGUGAUGAGAUCUUUUCCGGGACUCACCCUAGGUUGAAAGUUCCCCAGCAGUUUGUGCGCAAACCCGCGUCUCGGGCCGCCCCUGCCUCAACCCAAGCCCAGGUAAUAAUAUCCGGGGAUCAGCCGGCAUCUCCCUCGGGGAAGAACCUCCCCCGGUCUGUGACUACACCAACAAUCUCCAUUGGUUCGCAGGGUACAACUGCCGGCAAUAUGUCCUCUAGCGCCUCGGGGUCUUCGCGUAUUGCUCCAAGGCCCACGUCGGAAAUUGACCCGAUCUUCCUUACCAAGUCAGCCGAUCUUGUCAGAGCAGAGUUACAGCUACAGCGGCAGAGAGUGGAAAGGUCAUUGCGGGAACAACUGGAGCAGCGGAAGCAGGAGUCACGGCAGAAAGCUUCGAUACAGGAUGCGAAUCCGGAUUUCAAUGUGUCCGAUGUCCUGCAUAAGGCUUUUGAGAUGGUGAACCCGUCUCCCUCAGUCGAUGCUCCUGGCGCUGGGGCGUCUAGUGAGUCAUUGGACGACAACUCCUUCUACUCGAGUAGAGCCCCUGAUUCUCCACAACAAGGCGAUCAGCAAAGGCCAUCCCCAGCCGGCCCCUCUAAUCAGGAGGAACUUGCUACUGCAGUCCCAGCAGAACCUUAUUCAGAUGAGUUGCAACGGCUUGAAGCCCUCAACCGACCUGGAUUGGAUCAGGAAAUGCGAGAUACUUACCCCGUAGCAGACCACCGAUUACCCUGUCAUCAGCGGCGGCCACCUGCUAUAGAGGCAGAAUAUGUGCCCCCUGGAUUCCAAGAACCGCAGCCCCCCUCGGAUGCUUUUGAGGAGCCAGAGUACUCACCGCCCGCUCCAGGUGUGGCACCCAUGGAGAGGGGAACUGGUCACGAAUAUUUGCAGGGGGGACACCCCAGUGGAGCAAGGCAACGGGGACAGGAGACUCGAAUACCCGACCGAGGUCGUUAUGCUCGCAGAUCUCUAUCGCCUGGAGAUGAUGUUAAGGUCAUACGAAACCACAUAACGUCACCUGCAGCACCGCAACCAUCUAGAGUCUCGCCGUUAGCUACUGCUAAGGUUCCUUCGGUUCACCAGCUGAAGGACACCCCUCCGGAAUACGGCCCGGAACGGCAGGCCAGCCCAGAUGUUGCACCCCAGCCGUUGGUGUCUAGGAAACGUAGGAGAAUACAUGACGAAAAAGACAAGGCUCGUCCAGUCCCGUAUAGAGUACAACCUGGCCGUUCUGACGAACCUCACAUCAAGGAGGAGCCUGUCUCGCCGCCACCUUUUGCGGACAGCGCUCCAACAUACCGCAGCCGUCAACCCCAAGAACGGCCUGUGUAUAUUGACAUCGUGUCUCCUCGGUACACCCCAGUGAUAGAGAGGAGAGAUCCUGCGGUACGAGAGCAAGGUUAUGAGCUAGACCCGUACGAGUUUCAUGGGGAGACAGGAAUCCCGUCAACUGCGUCACGGAGUGGCACCAGGCGGCCGAUGCGUGAUGAUCAGGAUCUGCGGAGGGUUGCAAGCCUUCAUCAGUCACGGCAACAGGAAUAUGCCCGUGGAUACGUGGACCCCGCAAGCCCCCGUGGGCUGCGAGCCACGUCGUACGCGGUUGUUGAGCGUUCGCCGCAUGAAAGAGCAAGGUACUACGAUGAGCUUGCGCCUCCGGCUACGAGACGCUACAUCGCCGCAGGCGAAACACCAUCGUCGCCGCGGUACCGAGAAGCAUACUAUGAAGAAGAGCCUGCGGCUCGUAUAAUAGCGCCUCCACCCCGGAGGAUCGUGGUUGACGAGCACGGGAAUCAGUACUACGAUGAACCGGCACCGGCACCGAGAAUGCAAACGAUGCUCCCACCCUCUGCCCGCGUAUCUCGCAGCGAGAUCUACGAUGACCCUCAGGCGAUGCAUCAAGGUAGUAUCCGAGCCGCAUCGGUGCUAGAAGAUCCAUAUGGUAGCCGACGAUACGUGCAGGAGAUGCCACCUCCCCAGGGGAUUUAUCGGCGGGUUAAUAACUACACUCGGCCCACUCCGAGCGACCGGCGAUCCUACGCUGCACCUCUUGAGGAACGUGAGCCAUUCCCGCGUAGCGCUAGCGUCCAGGUCGCCGAUUACGCUGCGCGGCGGCCGCCCUACGUGGAGGAGGCCGAACUUCCGCGGGAAAGGUUUGUCAGGAUACCGAGUGUAAGGCCGCCCACUGCCCGGUACGAAGAGCCACGGGAGAUGCUUCCGCGGGUCGAAAGCACGCGACCAGGUGGUCGGGAUGUGAGCGUCUAUGUGGAUGAGGCCGCGCGGCGACCUAGGGAAUAUUAUGAACAGCCCGUAUAUGUGGCUGCGCGCCCCUUGGCCAGGGGGGAAGGGUAUUAUGAAAGUGGCGAGCCGGAUCGAGUGGUGCUUGAUGGAGGAGUACAUCGAAUUUCGUCACAAAGAUACUGA